GAGGCCCACGAGUUCUGGAAGCACCAAGAGAAGCUGCACUGCCUGAGCCUCCUCUACCUCUUCUCUGUCUGCCACAUCCUGCUACUGGUGCACCCCACCUGCUCCUUUGACAUCACCUAUGACCGUGUCUUCAGGGCACUGGAUGGGCUGCGGCAGAAGGUCCUGCCCUCCCUGAAGGCUGCCAUCAAAGACUGCCCAGUCGGCAAGGAGUGGAAGCUCAACUGCAGGCCAUGCCCUCCACGCCUUCUCUUCCUCUUCCAGCUCAACGGGGCCCUGAAGGUGGAUCCCCUCCCAAGCAGGGGCCAAGACCCCUGUGGGCACCUGGAAAAGCCACCCCCCAAGAAGCACUCCCCCAAGAGGAGGUUGCAGCAUGCUCUGGAGGACCAGAUCUACCGCAUCUUCCGCAAGAGCAGGGUACUAACCAACCAGAGCAUCAACUGCCUGUUCACCGUGCCUGCUAACCAGGCCUUUGUAUACAUUGUGGCUGGUGGGGCCCAGGACGGAGAUGAUCCGGUGGCCAUGCUUCUCGACCAGCUCAGGAACAACUGCACCAUGAGAGAGACCGACUCUCUGCUGGCUCCCACCCUGUCGGGACCCAGGCGGUAUCAGAUGAUGCGGCACGGCAGGCAGCAGCUGUCCUUCCAUGCAGAGAGCAGCAGCUCCAGCUCUUCUGGACAGCUUGUGGACUGCACCCUCAAGGAGUUCUUGUGGCAGCAUGUGGAGCUGGUGCUCAGCAAGAAGGGCUUUGAUGACAGUGUGGGGAGAAACCCGCAGCCCUCUCACUUUGAGCUCCCAACCUACCAGAAAUGGGUUGCUGCAGCUUUAAAACUCUAUGAAGUUACCAUUGAAGCCAAAGAUGAUGACCCGACCUCACUCACUGGGGAGCUGAGCUCAAAAAUCAUGGGCAGCAUCAAAGUCUUGGAAGGCUAUUUAGAUAUAGACACCAAGUUCUCUGAAAACCGUUGCCAGAAAGCUCUCCCCAUGGCCCACAGCGCCUAUCAAUCCAACCUGCCCCACAAUUACACCAUGACGGUCCAUAAGAACCAGUUGGCACAGGCCUUGCGCGUGUACAGUCAGCAUGCCCGCGGCCCAGCCUUUCAUAAGUAUGCCAUGCAGCUUAACGAGGACUGUUACAAGUUCUGGAGCAAUGGGCAUCAGCUUUGCGAAGAGCGAAGUUUAACUGACCAGCACUGUGUGCAUAAGUUUCAUCUGCUCCCAAAAGCAGGGGAAAAGCCAGAAGCGGACAGAAAUCCUCCAGUUCUGUAUCACAACAGCCGAGCUCGUUCUACUGGUGCCUGUAACUGUGGAAGGAAACAAGCUCCUCGGGAUGAUCCCUUUGAUAUCAAAGCAGCUAAUUAUGACUUUUACCAGCUGCUGGAAGAAAAAUGCUGUGGGAAACUGGAGCACAUCAACUUUCCUGUAUUUCAGCCAAGCACACCUGAUCCGGCACCUGCUCGGGAUGAGUCAUCACCAGCCCCUCCUGAAGGCGAGAUUGAGAAGCUUAAAGAAAAAGAACCUCAGACUCAGGGAGAAAGCACAGGCCUGAGCUUGGCCCUCAGCUUGGGUCAGUCGACGGGCAGCUUGGGCACUUACCCUCCUGAGGCCCAGGGUGGAGGGGAGAAUGCAGAGAGUCAUGGGCAGAGUGGGGACUCCAAAAGUGAGAAGAGGCCAAGCCUGGUCGAUCGCCAGGCAUCCACGGUUGAGUACCUACCUGGGAUGCUCCAUUCUAAUUGCCCCAAAGGUCUUUUGCCCAAAUUCUCCAGUUGGUCACUGGUUAAGCUGGGGCCUGCUAAGGCUUAUAACUUCCACACAGGCUUAGAUCAACAAGGCUUUAUCCCAGGAACAAACUAUUUAAUGCCCUGGGACAUUGUCAUCAGGACAAGAACUGAAGAUGAAGGAGACUUAGAUACCAAUUCCUGGCCUGCGCCUAACAAGGCUGUUCCUGGAAAAAGAAGUGCGGUUGUGAUGGGAAGAGGAAGACGCAGAGAUGACAUAGCUCGAGCUUUUGUAGGAUUUGAAUAUGAAGACGCACGUGGUAGGAGGUUCAUGUGUUCAGGGCCUGAUAAGGUCAUGAAAGUGAUGGGAGGGGGGCCGAAGGAAUCCGCCAUCAAAGCCCUCAAUUCUGACAUGCCGCUGUACAUUCUGUCAUCGACUCAGGGACGAGGACUCAAGCCACAUUACGCGCAGUUCAUGAGGCUCUUUGUGGUGGUUCCUGAUGCUCCACUGCAGAUCACGUUAACGCCUCAGGUUCAACCAGGGCCACCACCUUGUCCUGUAUUUUACCCUGAGAAGCAGGAAAUAACCCUUCCAUCUGAUGGACUCUGGGUGCUUAGAUUUCCUUAUGCAUACGUGACAGAACGCGGACCCUGCUUUCCUCCGAAAGAAAGCCAACAAUUAAUGAGUUACAAAGUUCUCCGAGGAAUACUGAAAGCGAUUACACAAUAAAAACUAUUCUGGUAGACUGAUUUUAGUUUAAAAAGACUUAUCUUUCAUCCAAAUCAUGGCUUUUCAUUCAUGUUUGUUAUCC